GAUCCUAGUAACUGCUCCGAGCGGAUCCGUGCUUUUCAGAACUACACUGAAUACUCAUCGUAGAUGCCACCGUUGUUCUUCGCGCAGAAAGUCAUUCGGUCUUCGGAUUUUUGGUUUUGUGUCCAAAAGUUUAAUGCAUCGGAUGUCAGAGAUUCAUGCUCUAAAGGCGUCGUUGAUCACCAAUCCCGAUGAUUUCGCCGUGGGAAAAUACGUUGGAGAGUACGGGUUCAUGAACGUUACCAGUUAUUCAUCUUUUCAACCUGGAGGGCCUUCUGAUGCUAGAAACAUUGAAGUACCAGGUGUUGGAUAUUCUUCGGAAGACAUUGAGCGUUUAAGAAUCCAAGAUGUUGGAGAAGGCAAAGUGAAAAUUAGGCUUUACGAGGGAAGAGUUGUUCAAGGUCCAUUAAAGGGAGUCCGAGUGAUUUUUAAGGUUUAUCCUGGACGACGUGCUGGUGGCAUUGAAGCAGAUAUGAUGGCUGCUAAUGAGCUGAAAUGUCAUUCUUUCCUUCAAGAAGAUUCAAAAUUUAUAUGUGAAAACAUCCAGAUCUUAUUAGGAGGUUUCGAGACUAGAACUGGAGAGCAG